AUUGAUCGAGAGCGCGCGACUACCAAAUAUGGUAACAUCCGGGACAUGCACUGACAAGCGGAAAUUGACGCCCGCCAGACAUUUAACGAUUGAUAAAAGGAAUCUUUGAACAUCAACGACUUAAAAGCAUAAUGGAUGACGACGUUGCAGCAGUUGUCAUUGAUAAUGGUUCGGGAAUGUGCAAGGCGGGUUUUGCUGGUGACGAUGCUCCAAGGGCUGUAUUUCCCUCUAUAGUUGGGCGACCAAGACAUCAGGGUGUCAUGGUUGGUAUGGGACAGAAAGACAGCUAUGUCGGUGAUGAGGCCCAGAGCAAAAGGGGUAUUCUCACUCUUAAAUAUCCUAUUGAGCAUGGAAUUGUCACAAACUGGGAUGACAUGGAGAAGAUCUGGCACAACACCUACUACAAUGAACUGCGCGUGGCUCCCGAGGAACACCCCUCUCUUCUCACAGAGGCACCGCUUAAUCCCAAGGCCAACAGAGAGAAGAUGACUCAGAUAAUGUUUGAAACCUUCAAUGCACCUGCCAUGUAUGUUGGUAUCCAAGCUGUACUCUCGCUGUAUGCCUCUGGUCGUACAACAGGUAUCGUGCUGGAUUCUGGCGAUGGAGUGUCCCACACGGUCCCCAUUUACGAGGGUUAUGCACUUCCUCAUGCUAUUCUACGACUUGAUUUGGCUGGACGAGACCUUACAGAUUAUCUCAUGAAAAUUCUCACAGAGAGAGGGUAUUCCUUCACAACUUCUGCAGAAAGAGAAAUUGUAAGAGACAUCAAGGAGAAACUCUGUUAUGUUGCCUUGGAUUUUGAACAGGAAAUGGCCACAGCUGCCUCCUCCUCUUCUCUGGAGAAAAGUUACGAGUUACCAGAUGGGCAAGUCAUAACAAUAGGCAAUGAACGUUUCCGCUGUCCUGAAUCCAUGUAUCAACCAUCAUUCCUUGGAAUGGAAGCAUGUGGUAUCCAUGAGACCACUUACAAUGCAAUUAUGAAGUGUGAUGUGGACAUCAGAAAAGAUCUGUAUGCCAAUACAGUUUUGUCUGGAGGAUCAACAAUGUAUCCUGGAAUCGCAGACAGGAUGCAGAAAGAAAUCACUGCUCUUGCUCCCAGCACCAUGAAGGUUAAGAUCAUAGCUCCACCUGAACGGAAAUACUCUGUAUGGAUUGGUGGAUCAAUCCUGUCUUCACUGUCCACUUUCCAGCAGAUGUGGAUCAGCAAGGCAGAAUAUGAUGAGAACGGUCCUAGUGUUGUACAUAGGAAGUGCUUCUGAGUUAUACGAUUUGAAAUUCUUCCACUUGUAAAGACAAUUUUGGACUUCAUUGUAUGAAAUCGGUUGAUUUGACUGAACCACUUACAGACAGUUGAUAACUUGAACCCAUUUAUUAUUAUUUUUUUCAUUUUAAUCUGCAUGCCAUUGCUUUUCAAGAGAUCUUGCUUCAAUUGAAAUAUAAAAAUUCUAUUGUUGACUUGCAUGAGUAUUAAAUCAUCAUAAAUCAAAUCCAACAUUUCCGUUUAUUACAAAGUGUUUCACUUGACUUUGUGAGGAGCCCUGUUAUUGAAUUUAGCUGAUUUUCUGCAAUAAAUGCUUUGAAAUGUACAUUAUAAAAACAGAGUUUGAAUUAAAAGAAAUUCAUCUUCAUUCACAUAUUUUCGUUUUACUCCAGAUAUCAGCACGAUGUUAACCAAAGGAAAAGUUAAGCUUUGGUAAUAUUUUUGUAUUUCAAAAUAUAUAACAUUGAAGAAAACCAUGCAAAAUACAUGGCUGUUACAAAUAAUCAAAAAAAGUGUUGAAUUAAGGAAUACAACUUUGCCCUACCCACUUGCCAUGAACCUUUACAUAUUUCUAGUGGAAAAUGAUUGGCAAUACAAAUUCCCUCGCACAGACAAUCACUACAAUAAGUCAAUAGUGACCUCAGUUAGUUGCGACCUCAGGUGGUUUAAACACAAACUUGCACAAAAGACAUGAGGUUGAGUAAGUGUAUAAAGUUUCGAGACGGUAAUCGUGUAAUGAAGUCAUGCAGUGAGGAUAUCAAAUUAUUUAUAGUAACAGUGACCUAUCCCAGUAUCCACAUAUCCAUUCACUUCAAGGAGAUUAGCUGUUCCAGAAACGCCAACAUACAUAUUAAAGAUGUUUAUUUGCAGCAAGUUUCAUUCAUAUCCAAUUGAAGCAUUUAUAGGCAAUUUGAACAGUUGGCUGAGUAUAUAAUCCGAUGAAUCAAAAACCCAGAAUAAUAAAUCUGUAACUACCUUGUCCUUUUUAAACUAUUGAUUCUUUACAAUUUGUUGCUAAUGAUGAAUUUUUAGUUUUUAUCUAUCUUUUAUUAUUAUUAUCA